UCGGCACUCGCUACUCGCAGGUCGCUUUUAAUAGUUACAAUUUUUUUCUUAUGUUUAAAGUUUAAAAUUAUCCUAAAAUAUUCUAUUAAAUGAUAUAAACAUUUUUAUUUUUAAUUAUCAUUUAUUAUGAAUAAAUUAGCUCCAAGCAAAUGUACGGUAUAUGUUUCGAAUCUGCCAUUCAAUUUAACAAACAACGAUUUACAUAAAGUAUUUGAGAAAUAUGGAAAAAUAGUUAAAGUUACUAUAGUUAAAGAUAAAACAACUCGCCAAAGUAAAGGAGUGGCAUUUGUAUUAUUUCUUAAUCAAAAUGAAGCUAACGAUUGUGUUAAAUCUACAAAUGGCAUACAAAUGUUUGGACGAACAUUAAAAAGUUCUAUUGCACUAGAUAAUGGCCGUAGUACAGAAUUUAUCAGGAAACGUCAGUAUACAGACAAAAGUUUUUGUUAUGAAUGUGGCAAAGAAGGCCAUCUUAGUUACAAAUGUCCUGAAAAUUGUUUGGGUGAACGACAGCCUCCACCUAAAAAAAAAAAAAAGAGAAAUUUAAAUAGUAAUGAAGGAUGUAGCAAACAUCAAGAUUCUUAUCCUAGCUCAGAAGAGGAUACAGAGUUUUAUGAUAAAACUAAAACUUAUAAAGAAAGAUAUAACGAUGAAGAAGAAUGUGAUAAAUCUCAUAUGGAGACAUUAAGUGCAGUAAUACAUGAGGAACAAGAAAAUAAUAUUGACUUAUCUAAAAAAGUUGAAGAAAUACAUAAAAAUAAAAAAGUAUACCGUAAAAAUCCAUACUUUAGUGAUGAAGAAGAGCUUAUUGAAUAACAAUUAUAAUAAAUAUUUUUAUUCUAUA